AGCUCACAUAUUGACGUCAUCAAAACCCGGAAGUGACGGGUCCUCCUCGCCCAGCGAGCCCUUGUGUGUAUAACGAGGCAUGGCGGGGCGGGCGGUGCUAGGGUCUCUCCGGACCCUGCAACCCCUUAAUCGGGUUGCUACUACCUGCAUUCUCGUUACCCGGUGUGAGCCAACACUACAGGAAGUCCCCCGUGUUGUGUUUCCGCUGUGUAGGACGCUCCAUCAGAGCCCCCCCUUGUGCGCAGGUCACAAUAAGUGGUCAAAGGUGAAACAUGUUAAAGGACCCAAAGAUGAGGAGAGGUCACGACUUAUUAUGAAGUUUGGCUUGAUGAUAAAGGUUGCUGUGAAAGAGGGUGGAGCCAAUCCAGAUAUGAAUGUAAAUUUAGCAAACAUCCUGGAGCAAUGCAGGAACAAGAACAUCCCAAAAGCAUCCAUAGAGGCUGCAAUUAAGAAUGCGGAAAAGGGAAAGCCAGCAGCUCCGCACAUGUUUGAAGCUCGAGGACCAGGCGGGUGCUUUCUACUCAUUGAAGUCUUGACUGACCAGCCCCCACGCAGCCAACAGGGAGUCAAACGUGUCCUCACUAAACACGGUGGGAUGCUGUCACAGGGAGUAAGCAGUACCUUCUCAAGAAGGGGGGUCGUGGUGGUGCCGGGUCAGAGCAUCACAUUGGAGCGAGCGCUUGAACUGGCCAUCGAAGCCGGCGCCGAGGAUGUCGAGGAGACGACGGAUGAGCAUGAUGCUCCCGUUCUGCAGUUUAUAUGUGACAUUGCCGACAUGUGGAAGGUGCGGGCAUCACUACAGCAGUUGGGAUUGCAGGUGACGUCCACCGCCUCGGAGUUUAUUCCUCGUACCUUCCUGCCUCUGGACCAGGAGCAGCUGGAUGCGGCUUCCACACUCAUAGAGGCACUCAGUGAUGUUCCGGAUGUGGUUCGCAUUUGGGACAAUAUCCAGGUUCCGAGCUGAGAGACUGUGGAUACUUUCACACAGAAAACACUGAUACAUUGAUGUGUAUCAUGCAAGGAUGGGCAAACUUUUUGACUCACUGGCUGCAUUGAGUUAAAAAAAUUGACUUUUUACAUCUGAAUUUUACAGAUUAUUUUUAUCUGGAAUAUGAAAUAUGAAUGAUAAAACAUGGACUAUUAA